AUGACCGAACUAGCACCUAUCAACCCGAAACCGUUUUUGAGAGAGCUUAUAGAUCGUCAGAUUGUGGUGGCGUUGAAAUUCAACAAGACACAGUAUCGGGGGACGCUGGUGUCGACUGAUAAUUAUUUCAAUGUGCAGCUGCGCGGUGCGGAAGAGUUUAUCGACGGUACGAGCCGCGGUGUACUGGGAGAUGUGUUUGUGAGAUGUAAUAAUGUGUUGUGGAUUGGCGAGGCCGAGCCGGAGCAGGCCACGGAGCAGGCCACGGAGCAAGCGGCGGAGCAAACAACCGCGCCGGUGCUGGCCGCGACGACGGCCCCAGAAUCGGCUGUCGAGUCCCAGGAGUGA